AUGGUGCGCCAGUCGCAGUGCGCGCAGCUGGUCGUGCGGCCCGCCGAUGGCGCCGUGACUUGCGCCAGCCGAGGCGCGGAGAGGGUGCUGCGCGCAGAAAAGGGGCGGCUGGAGGGGAACCCACACUCACCCUCCACCCCCCUUCCCUCCAACUCUCUUACACGCUCCCUCUGCCGCUCCGCCUUUGUCCUCCUCCCUGUCAUCCGUUGCCCCUUCCCUCAGAGCUCCUUUCUUGGAAUGGCGGGUAGUGCGUUGCCUUUGGACACGUGGCGGCAUCUCGUUGGCCAGCUGGAGAGCGGCAGUGUGGACGUGGCACAUCCGCGCACAGGCGCGCAGUGGCUGUACCGCUGGAUGGUGGGGCGAGAGAAGCGCGCAGGGGGGAAGGGGAAGGGCGCAAAGGGGGAGGGGAAGGGCGCUGUGGGGGAGGAGGGGGAAGAGCGCGAGGAUAAGGGAGAGGGGAGGGAGGAGCGUGAGGAGAGGAAGGAGCGGAGGGAGGAGGAGGCGGAGGAGGAGGAAAACAAGGAGAGGCAGCAGCAGCAGCAGCAGCAGCAGCAGCAGCAGCAGCAGCAGCAGCAGCAGCAGCCACAGCCGCAAGGCCAGAGGCAGCAGCAGCAGCAGCAGGGUCAGCAGGGGCUGGAGCAGCAGGAGCAGCAGGAGCAGCAGGGGCAGGAGAGGGAGUGGUUGGUGGCGGUGUGCAUUCAAUUCUUUGAAGUUGGGCCGUGCAAAGACCUGGUCAUAACAGGUGUGCUCUCCUUCCCUGUCUUUGCUAUCGCCUGCUCUGCUCUUCUCUCACCCCGCCUGCUCUGCUCUUCUCUCACCCCGCCUGCUCUGCUCUUCUCUCACCCCGCCUGCUCUGCUCUUCUCUCACCCCGCCUGCUCUGCUCUUCUCUCACCCCGCCUGCUCUGCUCUUCUCUCACCCCGCCUGCUCUGCUCUUCUCUCACCCCGCCUGCUCUGCUCUUCUCUCACCCCGCCUGCUCUGCUCUUCUCUCACCCCGCCUGCUCUGCUCUACUCUCACAUCGCCUGCUCUGCUCUUCUCACACCUGA